AUGGAGAUGCAGUGGGUCGUUCAGUUGCUCACGGUGACCCUCACUCUGCUGGUUGUGCUUGUGGUGAGAGACUUUCAAGCAUGGCUCACUGCUCCAAGGACCGCUGCGAGCAGCUCCGCGGAGCCCUCAACUGGCGAGGUGAUGACGGCACCAACUGAGGACACCUCGGGCGGCGCGGCCCCCUCUGUUUCUGCUCAAGGCGAUGGCACCAAGGAUGACUCGACCCCUGCGGUGGCAGCAGUCACUCCAUCGCCUGAUGGAGAUGGAUCCUCGCAGCAAGUGGCAACGGAUGGGGAUGGCAGUUCGCAGAAUGACGGAAAACAGGCCCCUGACUCCGGAAAGGGGAUCACGCAGGCACCACCGUCUCCCAAAAAGGUUGUGCAAGCCACCAAGGACGAUGCCGAUGCGCCUGUGGUGACCCCUGAAUCUAUGAUGCAGGAGCUUCAGGCUUGCCAUACGACGGUCAAGAACUUCGCUGCCAACAUGUCGCGGCUCCUGAAUGGGAUCACGAGUGUGGCUCCCACUCUUGCCAAGGUGCAGACGGAGCUCGAGAGCAACCAGAAGGCGACCCAUGCCCUUGAGGUUGCGAUGGAGAAAGCCUUGGGUGGUGCAGACCUCAAGGACCUCCCCAAGGAGAUCAAGGAGAUGAACAAGCGGGCCAGUGCACUGGAAAGCAUCGUUGGUGCAGUGACUGCAAAGAUGGGGACCAUGUCACAGAAUGUGGAUAGCUUUGGGAAGAGCAACGAAUCCCAGCUGAAGGACGCCCUCAAGAGUGUUGCGGCAGUGGCUAGCUCGAGUAAACAACAGAACCUCGACCUGACCGCCCACGUGACCACCAAGGCGUCGAUGCUGGAGUCGGGAGUGAAGGAAGUGCUUCGCAAGAUCACGGCUACGGACUACGAUAGUCAUACGAGCAUGACGGCCACCGUGAAGGAUGUCUCCAACCAGGUCUAUGACCUAGGCCAAGAACUUCUGGCUGCCCACAGCUUCUUGCAAGGCGAGGUGGCAACGCAGAAGGAGAACGUCUUCCAGCUGGCCACAGUCCUUGCCAGUAUUUCAGAACAAGUUCGGGUCAUUCGUGACUACUGUGAACGGCCGGUUCCUGUGGCGGUAAGUGGCCAACAUGAUCGGCCCCCUAUGCCGCCCCCAUCGUACGAGCCGAACUUGCAGCAUGGCCCUCGUCAGCUCAACCUGAACACGGCUCUCCCGGUAGCUCGAGCACCAUCGGCGCCGGAAGUCCGGAUCCAAAUGGGAGAUGGCAGGUGCGUCAACAUCCCUAUGAGCUGA